AUGACCUCAGCAACCGUCACAAAGACCGUCACAAAGACCGUCACAAAGACCGUCACAAAGACCGUCACAAAGACCGUCACAAAGACCGUCACAAAGACCGUCACAAAGACCGUCACAAAGACCGUCACAAAGACCGUCACAAAGACCGUCACAAAGACCGUCACAAAGACCGUCACAAAGACCGUCACAAAGACCGUCACAAAGACCGUCACAAAGACCGUCACAAAGACCGUCACAAAGACCGUCACAAAGACCGUCACAAAGACCGUCACAAAGACCGUCACAAAGACCGUCACAAAGACCGUCACAAAGACCGUCACAAAGACCGUCACAAAGACCGUCACAAAGACCGUCACAAAGACCGUCACAAAGACCGUCACAAAGACCGUCACAAAGACCGUCACAAAGACCGUCACAAAGACCGUCACAAAGACCGUCACAAAGACCGUCACAAAGACCGUCACAAAGACCGUCACAAAGACCGUCACAAAGACCGUCACAAAGACCGUCACAAAGACCGUCACAAAGACCGUCACAAAGACCGUCACAAAGACCGUCACAAAGACCGUCACAAAGACCGUCACAAAGACCGUCACAAAGACCGUCACAAAGACCGUCACAAAGACCGUCACAAAGACCGUCACAAAGACCGUCACAAAGACCGUCACAAAGACCGUCACAAAGACCGUCACAAAGACCGUCACAAAGACCGUCACAAAGACCGUCACAAAGAUCAAAACGGAGCACCAACGAAGAGCACCAACGAAGAGCACCAACGAAGAGCACCAACGAAGAGCACCAACGAAGAGCACCAACGAAGAGCACCAACGAAGAGCACCAACGAAGAGCACCAACGAAGAGCACCAACGAAGAGCACCAACGAAGAGCACCAACGAAGAGCACCAACGAAGAGCACCAACGAAGAGCACCAACGAAGAGCACCAACGAAGAGCACCAACGAAGAGCACCAACGAAGAGCACCAACGAAGAGCACCAACGAAGAGCACCAACGAAGAGCACCAACGAAGAGCACCAACGAAGAGCACCAACGAAGAGCACCAACGAAGAGCACCAACGAAGAGCACCAACGAAGAGCACCAACGAAGAGCACCAACGAAGAGCACCAACGAAGAGCACCAACGAAGAGCACCAACGAAGAGCACCAACGAAGAGCACCAACGAAGAGCACCAACGAAGAGCACCAACGAAGAGCACCAACGAAGAGCACCAACGAAGAGCACCAACGAAGAGCACCAACGAAGAGCACCAACGAAGAGCACCAACGAAGAGCACCAACGAAGAGCACCAACGAAGAGCACCAACGAAGAGCACCAACGAAGAGCACCAACGAAGAGCACCAACGAAGAGCACCAACGAAGAGCACCAACGAAGAGCACCAACGAAGAGCACCAACGAAGAGCACCAACGAAGAGCACCAACGAAGAGCACCAACGAAGAGCACCAACGAAGAGCACCAACGAAGAGCACCAACGAAGAGCACCAACGAAGAGCACCAACGAAGAGCACCAACGAAGAGCACCAACGAAGAGCACCAACGAAGAGCACCAACGAAGAGCACCAACGAAGAGCACCAACGAAGAGCACCAACGAAGAGCACCAACGAAGAGCACCAACGAAGAGCACCAACGAAGAGCACCAACGAAGAGCACCAACGAAGAGCACCAACGAAGAGCACCAACGAAGAGCACCAACGAAGAGCACCAACGAAGAGCACCAACGAAGAGCACCAACGAAGAGCACCAACGAAGAGCACCAACGAAGAGCACCAACGAAGAGCACCAACGAAGAGCACCAACGAAGAGCACCAACGAAGAGCACCAACGAAGAGCACCAACGAAGAGCACCAACGAAGAGCACCAACGAAGAGCACCAACGAAGAGCACCAACGAAGAGCACCAACGAAGAGCACCAACGAAGAGCACCAACGAAGAGCACCAACGAAGAGCACCAACGAAGAGCACCAACGAAGAGCACCAACGAAGAGCACCAACGAAGAGCACCAACGAAGAGCACUAA